AAGGGAGGUCAUAAUGCAUCACGUGAGUAUUUUUUCAAAGCCAUGCAGCCGGGGUUAGAGUUCAGUAAAUACUGAUGAUGUCAUCGUCUGAAGAUGGCUGAAGGAGAAGGCUGGUGGGGAGGCUGGCUUCAGCAAAGCUUCCAGGCCGUCAAAGAAAAGUCAUCUGAGGCCUUAGAAUUCCUAAAGCGAGACCUGACAGAGUUCUCCACUGUGGUGCAGCAUGACACAGCCUGCUCCAUUGUGGCGACAGCCACUGCUGUCAGAAACAAACUUGCAGUGGAAGGCUCCUCAGAGACCACAGAGAAGGUGAAGAAAAGCCUCUCUAGUUUCUUGGGAGUCAUAACAGACACACUUGCUCCACCCCCCGAUAAAACCAUUGACUGUGAUGUUAUCACAUUGGUGGCGACGCCAGCAGGGACCACAGAGGUUUACGACAGCUCCAAGGCACGUCUCUACAGUUUGCAAGCCGACCCUGCUACAUACUGCAACGAGCCUGAUGGUCCCCCAGAGCAGUUUGACAACUGGCUGUCCAGCUUCAGUUUGGAAGAUAAGAAAGGAGAAAUCUCAGAGCUUUUGGUCAACAGUCCUUCUAUACGAGCCCUUUACACCAAAAUGGUGCCAGCAGCUGUAGCCCAUUCAGAAUUUUGGCAGAGGUAUUUCUACAAAGUCUUCCAGUUGGACCAGGAGGAGGCAAGGAGAGUAGCGCUGAAGCAGAGAGCAGAACAGACGGCACACACAGAGACCCUUGGCUGGGAAGAGGAAGAGGAGGAUGAUUUCCUUGGCGCCUCGUCGCCAUCUCAACUCAACUUCACACCCCCCCUGGAUAACAGCCUAACCCAGCUGCCCGCAGCCUCGACAGCACCCACAGGAACGACACUGCUGAGCCCCAUCCUGUCUCCAAGUGAAGAGCGUGACACCACCCUCUCAGUUAGCAGCGACAGCGUCAGCCUGCCCACGCAGGUGGAAGUGAGGCCAGAGCCUGUUGCCACAGAGCUGGCCAAGAAACUGACAGAAGCUAGUUUGGAAGAUAUUGUUGUAGACGAGACACAAGAAGAGCAGAGGCCUGGAAAGAGUGACUUACCUCCUGAGGCUCAAGUGGAAGCUGUAACCCAGCCAGAGGUCACUGUUGAUGGGGCAUCCGUGAGGACCCCUGCUUCUAAACCAGAGGCAGCAAAGGAAGAGGGGCCACAGGACCUGAGAGUGUUUGAGCUCAACUCUGACAGUGGGAAGUCUACGCCCUCUAACAACGGCAAGAAAGGGUCCAGCACAGAUGUGAGUGAGGACUGGGAGAAAGACUUUGACCUGGACAUGACAGAGGAAGAAGUCCAACUGGCACUCUCUAAAAUAGAAGACCCUGGAGAGCUGGAUGAAGACUGGGAGAACUGGGACUGAGAACCGCUGCAACACGAACUCUGUCCCGCCAUUAAAGCUAGUUCUCGGCAGACGAACCAUGCUUAACGUGUUUUAACUCUUUGUCCACACUGUCACCAUGUCAUGAUUGUCAGUAGGGGAUUUUUCUGGCGGGUUUGGACCAUAUUGGGAAACCUGUUGAAAAGAGCAACGGGAAGACCAAGGCAAUAAGAAUUAGACUGCUCCGUCAGCUGUCAGUUUAGUGCAGAUAGGCCGUUAGCGAGGGUUAUAACUCAGGUCUUGGUUAUUUCCUGGAGUAACUUCUGACUUAGAGCCUAUGACACUAGUAAUAGACAGAGGUUGUUAUCAUUCUGACCUUAAAGCUUGGGGACACACAGUGACAAGUCAGAAUGUGAAAUGUUUCGCAACAGCAAGAGAGGAGCUGUUUUUCCUUUUUCUUUAUGCCAUUAAAUACAUCAUGUGCGUUGCGAGUGUAUUUCAAGUUGGGCAAUGACUUAACUGCAGGCUGCACAAUAGCCAUAAACUGUAAUGCUGCUUCUAACCUUUCUAAGAUGAAAUACUCCGCAAGUGAUUUUUGAACGACGGUAAUUUAUUUGAUUCCACCUGUGCCCCGCUUUCUUUCUUUCUCGUCUUUAUUAUGCAAGUGAAUCUUCAAAAUGAAAAAAAAAAAACAAACAAAAAAACAUUUUGGCCUUCAUUUACAGAGCACUUUUCAUUUUGGAUUCACUCCCAAAUCUAGAUAUAUGGCCUUGUAAAACACACAGUAGUGUGGUAAUGUUAUCCAAAUGUUUUUGUUACAAGUCAGUCAUCUGAAACACAACCAGCUAAUAUGUCAUUAUUAGUUCUUUCCCCCCUUUCUCUGUCAUGGUGAUUGAUUUGAGCAUAUGAGCUUGUUGCAGACUACAUGUUGUUUUUGUCAUUUUUUUAAAAAAUGUUUCACUUCUGUCUGUCUUACUUGGGUAGAGGAAGUUCAUUAACUAUCACUCAUUAAGAGAGAAGUCAUAUUUGACUUAAUAAAGACAACUGGUCCUGGUGACGUGAUACUGGAUUCUUUGGUUUGAGAUUGAGGGUAGGAUCUCUUGGUAUUUACAUCAAUAGGAGACAAUGACAAAUCUGUGACGUUUUAAGUUUCUCUGUCGACCCACGUUUGGAACAAAAUAGCUCAGCAGGCAGUGUGCCAAGUAGACAAAUGAGCAAUGUGGGCACGCUCCAUGCUUUCAUGGUUUUUUUUUCCAUCAUCUGUAAUGUAGCUGAGAAAAAAAUAAGCCUAGAGGUGUAAUAUUUAUACUAAAAUAAAUGCUUAAUUAUUGUAUUAUGUGCUUUGGAUUGCAUGUCUGUGCAAUAACAUUAUGCAAAACAUUGUGCAGAUAGUUAAUGUUGAGUUGUAUGUUUUUUGGUCAAGACAUUGGCUUGUUCUUCAGGUUUUUGUGUUCUGACGAUGUGUUGCAUGUCUAUAAUUCUCGGCAGUGUAUUCCCUUCAGAUUCACACUUUGAACUAAUCAGAGCUGUUCACACAUCUGUUUUCAAAGCUGUCAGAGUUCUUUUUUAAGUCGAGUAUUUCACUAUAUUUUUCAAAUGAUCGUUGUCAUUAAAGGAUUCAUGGCUAA